AAAGAGAAUGCUAUAUCUCAUUCCUUUUUAUAAUCAUCUCAUCUCAGGAUAUAUCAGUGUGAGAAAAAUCUCCCAUCAUUAGCUCAAAUUUGUUAGAUACCUGAGAAUACUGAAAAGAAAUCACACAAGUUUAGUGAAACGUGGAAAAGCUUUCAUCCUUACUGCAUUUCAGUAGCUACAAGGAAAAAGGGAAACCUAGGAGAAUUGUCCUGUGCAUGACAGGAAUGUUGGAAAGUCUUCAGCCUGAUUCAGAUCUACUUCAGCAUGAUGAAAUUCAUACUGAUCAGAAACCUUACGAGUGUAAAAAAAACUUUAGCCUGAAAGAAAACUUGAUAGAGCAAAGGAACAUGCAUACUGGAGAAAAAUCACAUGAAUGUACUGAAUGUGGUAAAGUGUUCUCUCGGGUCUCAUCACUUACUCUACAUUUGAAAAGUCAUACAGGAAAGAAAUCCUAUAAGUGUAAUAAGUGUGGAAAAGCCUUUGGCCAGAAGAGAAACUUCCUUUCUCAUCAGAAACAUCAUACUGGAGAAAAAUCUUAUGAAAGUGGGAAAACUUCUAUUAAGAUGCCAAUCCUCAUUAAACACCAGAGAAAUCAUUCAGGAAACAAACCAUAUGCAUGUAAGGAAUGUGGCAAAGCUUUUAAUGGAAAAUCAUAUCUCAGUGAGCAUGAGAAAAUUCAUACUGGAGAAAAACCUUUUGAAUGUAAUCAAUGUGGAAGGGCCUUCAGCCAGAAGCAGUACCUCAUUAAACAUCAGAACAUCCAUAGUGGAAAGAAACCCUUUAAAUGUAAUGAGUGUGGGAAAGCCUUUAGCCAGAAGGAAAACCUCAUUAUCCAUCAGAGAAUACAUACUGGAGAGAAACCUUAUGAAUGUAAAGGGUGUGGGAAAGCUUUCAUUCAGAAGUCAAGCCUCAUUAGACACCAGAGAAGUCAUACCGGAGAGAAACCAUACAGUUGUAAGGAAUGUGGAAAAGCCUUCAGUGGCAAAUCAAAUCUCACUGAGCAUGAGAAAAUUCAUAUUGGAGAGAAACCCUAUAAAUGUAAUGAAUGUGGAACAAUCUUCAGGCAGAAGCAAUACCUCAUUAAACAUCACAAUAUUCAUACGGGAGAGAAACCCUAUGAAUGUAAUAAAUGUGGAAAAGCCUUUUCUCGAAUCACAUCACUUAUUGUACAUGUGAGAAUCCAUACAGGUGAUAAACCAUAUGAAUGUAAAAUAUGUGGGAAAGCCUUCUGUCAAAGCUCAUCUCUUACUGUACAUAUGAGAAGCCACACAGGUGAGAAACCCUAUGGUUGCAAUGAAUGUGGGAAAGCCUUUUCUCAGUUCUCAACUCUUGCUCUACACAUGCGAAUCCAUACUGGUGAAAAACCUUAUCAAUGUAGCGAAUGUGGGAAAUCUUUCAGCCAGAAGUCACAUCACAUUAGACACCAGAGAAUUCAUACUCAUUAAAGCUCUAUGAAGGCCUUGGAUAUAGAAAAAACUCCAUCAGAAUUUAUACUUAAUAAUAUCAAAAAACUCAUUUUACAUUAAAGUGACACAAAAUGUGGGAAAUCCUGCAGCAACUCAAAAUACAAAGAUGUUUAAUAAGAAGUAGCCAGGGCAAAAAGCUUCCACAAUAAAUAUUAUUGUACUUUUAUGAGCAUUCUUGUUGAGUUAGAAUCCAGUUAUGGAGACCAACUAGCAUGUUUCUGGGAGUCCUAUGAGAUACAUUAAGACAACUAUAUGAGAGAAAAGGACUUGAAAUUGAGAGACAAUUAUUUUUUUGUUAUGUGCUUUGCUAUAUGUGUACUUUGUAAAACUAAUCAUCAAAGUAUUUGGUGUUGAUGCAGUUGUAGAAAAUUGAGGUUGGGGCAGAGUACUGAAUCCAUUAAGCCUGAAUUUGUGGGUAAUUGGUCAUUCAUAAAGGUGGCAUCCCAAAUUUAGGGAUUAUUUUAAAAAUGAUCUCAGGGUAAUUGAUUUCUUCAUUUGGAAAAAUAAGCGACCUCUGUCAUUAUUCAUUAAAAUAUUUAUUUAUUAUGAAAUCCAAAACUAUUGAAUGCUGGAAUGCAAAAAGCAAAACAAUAAUAUAAAUUUUAUACAAGAGUGUUUUUAAAACCUUAGGGUAAGAAAGAAUUUCUAAAUUAUAUUCCAGAAGAAUCAACAAUUCUACUUUUAAAUAUAUAUACAUAUACCCAAAACACUAACACAUGUACACAGGGAGUAUAAUGUGUCUGUUCAUUGCAGCAUGAAAAAUGGUAGCCAGAAAUCGGAAACAGAUGUCUGUUGCUUGUGAAAUAGAUAUAUAAAAUGUGAUAGUCAUAGAGUAGAAUACUCUCUAGCAGUCAAGUACAAAUUAAAUUUGUAUGUAUAUUAACAGUGAAAGAUAUGAAAAAUCGUACAGAAUGAAGAAAACUGAAGUGAUGAAUAUAUUGUAGAGAUACCCUUGUGAAUCUAAAUAAAAUCAACACUAACCAACCCCUGUACCUUAAGCGUUGGUUAUAGAUAAAUGCUUUUUUGUGAAACUUUUUUUUUUCCUGUACCAGGAAUUGAUCCAAGGGGCAUUUAACUACUGAGUCAU